AUGCCUGCCGGAAGUCAUACCUACGAAGAGGAAGAUAGUCUCCAACCGCCAGCACUUGGUCGGAUCCAGAGCGAGACAGGCACCGCACCCACACAUGGCUACGGUGACACACGACAUCUUGAUGGAACAGUCAUGUUCUCAUGGAUCAAGGACAUUGAAUCUCGUAUUGUCACCAUUGAGGAGAACAAGAAGCGGGAGGAGAAUGAGGCUCUUGAGAGAGCAAAGCCGGACAAUUUAGAGGAGCUAAUGCUUCAAAUGGAAUCAGAAGUAAGAGACUGCAACUGGGAACAGUUCAAGAAUCGAUACUCGGAGCCGGAGGCUCGGUAUGCUAUCGAGACCCUCGUUGCGAGUGACGACCUCGCUGGUGAGAUGGAAGCUGAGCAAUUGAACCGCAUAUCACCUGCUAAGAGGAGACCUUACACGCUGACUCCACGGAAGCCAGUCCGCCAGACACAGACAGGGAAGACCAAAGACCAGCGCUUGGAGCGUGUUCGAAUCAAUUCAGCAAUUGUUCUCGCCUAUUUGGCCAAGGUGACGGGACAAUUUUCAUGGUCUAAGAAACCGCACACCUUCUUAAAGCCAUUCAAGGUUCUAAUCCAUUACCACGAUAAGAUGGAACAUGAGUUUCAGGAACUCGAGAAGAAGUUUGGAGGUUCGCAAGAAAGUACUGCAGAACCGCCGAAAGAGCCUGAAGAGGAGAACGAAAACAGCAACCAAGCAUCAGUAGACAAAGGAAAAGCAGUGGACGAUGAGGUUGCCAUUAGCUCAGAGCCACAUGAUAAUCGCCCUCCAACUACAGCACCUAUCGAGGUUCCGCCAUCAGACGAACUGCCCCAAUCUCAAGAAGCAACAAUAACGCCACAAGAGGUUAGCGAGGAGAAGCCGUUGACUACUGAUUAUGAGGAAAUACUGAGAGACGCUAUGGAUAGCAAGAAAGGUUACGAAGAUAUGAGGUGUUACAUGGAUUUUGCUAGGAGUCGAUUACUUACAUUAUACCACGCCUUCGACAAAGCUGACUAUGACCACCCUGCCAAAAUUCGUUUCGAUGAUAUUUGGUCCUUGUUCCGGGUCGGGGAGCUGGUUUAUCAGCGAACCGACGCUGGAACGGACGUGGCUCAACCUGGCUCGGACGGUCCUCGUGCUCCCCAAAACGCCCCCAGACUUUUCAGAAUCUACUUCACGUGGCAAGAUAUUCCAUAUUGGAUUGUUGAAGAUCUGGAGACCAACGAUGCCAAGCUGCGUCGAGAUGCCGACUUUGAGCCUGGGGACACUCGUGUAGCCUGCUACUAUAUCGACUACGAUGGUAAAUCAUACGGUGGCGUACCGCAUCUCUUCGACAUAGAGCCGUAUGAAGGCGAGAAAGACAUCACCAAGCUUCCUAUAUAUCCGAUCAGGUUUGCAAAGGAUAGCGAGAAGAUCCUUAAAGACCUCAAGGAGCGUGGCCAACGAUUCACAGAGUUCAUCUCUAAGAAAGAUCGCGCUCUAGCGCACAACGGGUGGACGUUGACCAUUGACCCUGCAGGAGAUGAUAUUGAAGAUGGUUCAGGAAAUUCUAUCAGAUUCCCGCAACACAUCGAUAGUGACGUGGUCAUCGAUUUUCAAGAAGCAUACCAGGCCAAUCCCUGGUGGAAACCGAACUUCCCGAAGUUCGUGCCCGGUCAAUAUAGACCUGUGAACUUAAUUGACUCGUUUGCCGUUAUCCAAUGGUCUGGUAAGGACAGAUACGAACCUAUUACCAAAAUAGAAGAGGUGGUUGUCUCGGUAGAUGAUGUCUAUCGUCUCGAGUGGAACGCUUUUGCUGCAACAGACGAGUUCAUAGUGGAGCAGGAUGACCGGCGAGAUCACGAUGAUACCAAGCAAGAAGUAGUUAAACAGGAUCUAUCGGAUGAAGAUCUCGCGCUUCUUCCCUCACGACUAUUCGUGUAUGCCCUCAGGGAGCGAAAAUUCGUCAAUGCAGACAUCAAGUGCCUUAAGCCGAUCAAGCCACUGGAGAGACCGUUUGACAACUUGAAGAUUGAGGAGAAGCACAAAGAGAUGAUACAGUCUAUUGUAUUUGAGCACUUUGAGAAGAAGAAGUUGCAAAAGAAAGCGGCUGACACGAACCGCGAGCUCUCGGACCAGGACUUCAUCCGAGGUAAGGGAAAGGGGCUUGUGAUACUGCUUCACGGCGCUCCCGGCGUGGGCAAGACGGCCACAGCUGAAGCUCUAUCAUACGUCUAUAACAAGCCUCUCUUUCCUAUCACGUGUGGUGAUCUUGGAAUCGAACCUGAGGACGUUGAAGAGAACUUAUCAGAGAUCUUUCGGUUAGCCAAUUUGUGGGAUUGCAUGUUGUUGCUCGAUGAAGCUGAGAUCUUCCUCUCGCACAGAGAGAAGAAGGAUGAUAACCUGCAAAGGAAUGCUCUCGUUUCGAGUAUGUCGUAA